AUGGUUAGAACAAAAAACUUGAAAAUAAUGAGUUCAGAAAGCUUGAGAGGAAAAUUUGUGAUCGUUGGUGGUGGAAUAGCCGGAGUAUCAUGUGCUGAAAGUUUAGCGUUUCUUGCACCCGAGGCACGUGUUAUUUUGAUAACUGCAAGUUCUCUAAUAAAGGCAGUCACGAAUGUUGUUCCCCUCGGUACAACCGUAAUGAAGUUUGACGUCAAAGAAGAAAAUAACAAAGUACUCAGCGAUAAACACCCGUCGAUAAAAGUAAUUCACGACACUGUCAUAAAGGUAAAUACGAGUGAUAAAACGCUUGAAACUUCAAACGGUGAAAUAAUUGGGUACGAAAAGUUAUGUGUUUGUACCGGAGCAAAACCACGAUUAAUUUGCGAAGAUAAUGAACAUGUAAUUGGUAUUAGAGAUAUGGAAUCUGUAGAAACUUUGUCCCAGAAAAUACGUGCUGCUCGAAGAAUCCUUGUUGUAGGAAAUGGUGGAAUAGCCACUGAAGUUGUUCACGAAAUAGAAGGUCUCGAAGUAAUUUGGGUCAUAAAAGAUAAACACAUUUCAGCGACUUUCGUGGACCCUGGAGCAGCCGAAUUCUUUCAAGAUAAAUUGCUCAAAAAUGUCAAUGAAACAACUACCGAGAAAACUCGUGAAAUGAAGAGAAUCAAAUACACGAUUGUUGACGGAAAUACUAGCAAAAAUGGACCGGCUCUCGGUCCUGAUUGGCAUAGCAAAUUUAUGAUUAAAGGGAACUCCACUUUGCCUACCAAAGUAAAAGUCGAAUACGAAACCGAAGUUGCUGAAAUCCUGAAAUCUUCAGAACUUGUAGAUCAGAGUUCUAACGAGAAUUGGCCAGUGUGGGCAAAACUGACGAACGGAAAAACAAUUGGUUGCGAUUUUAUAAUAUCUGCAACGGGAGUUUCUCCGAAUUCGAAUUUACCGGGAUUGGAAAAUCUCGUUAAAUCUGAGGAUGGUGGAUAUUCUGUUGACUGGGAGAUGAAAACAUCGGAAAACGAAAUUUACGCAGCCGGUGACGUUUGUACAGUGAAUUGGCAAUUGGCCAAACACUGGUUUCAGAUGAGGCUCUGGACUCAAGCGCACCAAAUGGGUCGUUACGCUGCCAAAUCAAUGUAUUCAUCUUCCGCGAACGAAACGUUUCAUCAAGAUUUUUGCUUCGAGUUAUUCACUCACGUGACUAAUUUCUUCGGCUACAAAGUAGUUCUCCUCGGUCUUUUCAAUGGACAAAAAUUGGCAGGAAAUUAUGAAAUACUGCUGCGAAUGACGAGAGGCCUCGAGUACAUUAAACUCGUAAUGAAAAACGGCAAAAUGGAAGGAGCUGUUUUGAUCGGUGAAACGGAUUUGGAAGAAAUGUGUGAAAAUUUAAUCCUCAAUCAAUUAGAUCUCAGUAUUUAUGGCAAACAUUUACUCGACCCCAACAUUGACAUUGAAGAUUAUUUUGAUUGAACGUUUUCAUUGAAUACAAGAGAAAUUGGACAUUUGCCAAAUAAAACAUGCAACCAUA